AUGACAUGGAGAACUAAUAAAGAGCAGGUUGGCCAUGACGAGUCCUCUUUGACAGAAACACGGACCCUCGAAUCAUUGUAUAUCAACCCUAUGCUCGAUGUUCUCAGGCGCCAGAACCCUCAAUCACGCUUUUUGACUUCCCCAACUAAGAACGGCGUAUUCGACACGGCUGUUUCUCAGACCCUUUACUUCUACAUUGACAUAAAGACCUCCGGGCCUGAAACCUUCCAGGCUGUCAUUUCUGCCCUGAAGCCACUCCGCGAGCGCGGGUAUCUGACAACUCUUGAGAAUAAUAAGACCAUCACUAACGGACCUAUCACUGUAAUCGGCACGGGCAACACACCCUUUGACAUGGUCGGGCCUAUUGCAAAUCGGGACUACUUCUACGACGCGCACCUGGAGUCCUUGAACGAGCCUGAGAAUGCCGACAUCACAGGUCUGAUCUCACCCAUCGCGUCUACAAGUUUUGCGGACGCAAUCGGCAAGGUCACCCUUAGCGAUACCGAGCCUGUUCUAAAUGAUGAGCAGCUUAGCACUCUCAGAUCACAGAUUGCUACGGCUAAGAAAAGGGGCAUUGGCGCCAGAUACUGGGAGACGCCCAAUUAUCCUAUUAGAACGCGCAAUCUGGUUUGGAGAACACUACUCCGAGAGGGUGUUGCUCUCUUGAACGUGGACGAUCUCGAUGCUGCAGCGAGCUACUUUUGA